CUUACCAGAAAAAAAAAAUUGUUGAAAUUCAUCAGUGUCAAGUUUUUAAUUUGGCUGAGUAUAGAGAGAUUCACAAGAAAUAAUAAUAAGACCUGGAUGAACGAAAGAAAGUGUGGUGUUACUGCCUCAAAUUUUGGAGCUAUUAUGAAAAGAAAGAACAAUUCAUUUUUAAAAAACACAUUUGACAUAAGUAAUUUUUAUUCUGUUCCAACUUCUUAUAAGCAAACAAACGAAACCAUUGCUGAACAAUUUAUGUAUAUCAAACAGACUGGGAAUCAUAUUCCUGACAUUGGACUUGUAAUAAAUCCAGCUUUUUCAUUUUUAAGUGCUACACCAGAUGCAAUUGUUUGUGAUAAAGGCGAGACUGGGCUCGUUGAAAUUAAAUGGCCUUUUUCGGCUCGAGAUUUGACACUUACAGAAGCAUGUAAUAAACUGAAAGAUUUCUUUUUAAUUCAAAAUGAUGAUGAAUAUAAAUUGUCUAGAAACCAUAUUCACUGGUUUCUGAUUCAGGGACAACUUCUCAUAACUGGGGCACAAUUUUGCAACUUUGUCACUUUUACAAGACAGGAUUGCAUAGAGAGAAUAUUUCCCGAAAUAGAAACCCUGCAGCAACUUGUUUCAAAAUAAUCAUGUUUUUAUGUUGAACAUUUACAGUCAUAUCUUAUAAAAAAUCUACAUGUCUAUAAAAUGAGUUUAACUAACCUGCGAUAGCAUAUAUUCUCUGU